CGCCGCGGCUGCAGUAAGAGAAGUCCGAGGCGGCUUCCUCCUCCCUGCCCAGCGGGGGCGGCGGCCAGCGCGGGCAGCACCCCAGUUCUGCCCCACGUCGGCAGUCGCGGCUGCUGGGAGCCCCGCAGGCUCCCCCGGCGGUCAGAAGCGGGGCCAGGUCUCCGGCCCCUCCCAAGGACCAUGCCACAGCCCCACUGACCCAGGAGCAGGAGCCUGAGGGGCAGGGAACCUGGCAUGGGCUGUGUGUUCUGCAAGAAGGUGGAGCCAGGGCCCAAGGAGGAUGCUGGCCUGGAAGGGAGCUUCAGGGGCUACGGGGCAGCAGACAGCGCGGCAGACCGCUACGGCCCCGACCCCACUCAGGCCCGGGCUGCGUCCUCCUUUGCACACAUCCCCAACUACAGCAACUUCUCCCCUCAGCCCACCAGCCCCGCCUUCCUCGAUGGUGGCACCAUCAGAGGCAUAUCAGGGACAGGGGUGACCCUGUUCAUCGCUCUGUAUGACUAUGAGGCCCGGACAGAGGAUGACCUCACCUUCACCAAGGGCGAGAAGUUCCACAUCCUGAACAACACUGAAGGUGACUGGUGGGAAGCUCGGUCCCUCAGCUCUGGACAAACUGGCUACAUUCCCAGCAACUAUGUGGCCCCUGCAGACACCAUCCAGGCUGAAGAGUGGUACUUUGGAAAGAUAGGGAGGAAGGAUGCAGAGAGGCAGCUGCUCUCUCCAGGGAACCCUCAGGGGGCCUUUCUCAUUCGCGAGAGCGAGACCACCAAAGGCGCCUACUCGCUGUCCAUCCGUGACUGGGACCAGACCAGAGGCGAUCACGUGAAGCAUUACAAGAUCCGCAAGCUGGACACCGGCGGUUACUACAUCACCACGCGGGCCCAGUUCGACUCGGUGCAGGAGCUGGUGCAGCACUACAUGGAGGUGAAUGACGGGCUGUGCCACCUGCUCACGGUGCCUUGCACCACCAUGAAGCCGCAGACGCUGGGCCUGGCCAAGGACGCCUGGGAGAUCAGCCGUAGCUCCAUUGCGCUCGAGCGCCGCCUGGGCACCGGCUGCUUCGGGGAUGUGUGGCUGGGCACGUGGAACGGCAGCACAAAGGUGGCAGUGAAGACGCUGAAGCCAGGCACCAUGUCCCCGAAGGCCUUCCUGGAGGAGGCGCAGGUCAUGAAGCUGCUGCGGCACGACAAGCUGGUGCAGCUGUAUGCCGUGGUGUCCGAGGAGCCCAUCUACAUCGUGACAGAGUUCAUGUGCCACGGUAGCUUGCUGGAGUUUCUCAAGGACCGGGAGGGCCAGGAUUUGAGCCUGCCCCAGUUGGUGGACAUGGCAGCCCAGGUAGCUGCGGGUAUGGCCUACAUGGAACGCAUGAACUAUAUCCACCGUGACCUGAGGGCAGCCAACAUCCUGGUGGGGGAGCGGCUGGUGUGCAAGAUCGCUGACUUCGGGCUGGCCCGCCUCAUCGAGGACGACGAGUACAACCCCCAACAAGGGGCCAAGUUCCCCAUCAAGUGGACAGCCCCAGAGGCUGCCAUCUUUGGCAGAUUCACCAUCAAGUCAGAUGUGUGGUCCUUUGGGAUCUUGCUCACUGAACUCAUCAGCAAGGGCCGAGUCCCCUACCCAGGCAUGAAUAACCGGGAAGUGUUGGAACAGGUGGAGCACGGCUACCAUAUGCCAUGCCCCCCAGGCUGCCCAGUGUCCCUGUAUGAGGCCAUGGAGCAGACCUGGCGUCUGGAUCCAGAGGAGAGGCCUACCUUCGAGUACCUGCAGUGCUUCCUGGAGGACUACUUCACCUCCACGGAACCACAGUACCAGCCUGGGGAUCAUACAUAGCCUGUUCAGACAUCAACCAUAUCUCUGGCGGUGCCCACCAGCCUUUACCAAUCCCGAGGGCUCUUGUCCCAAAGCCCCCAGGCUUAGAACCCUAUAGAGUCUUAGUAUGUCAGAGGAGUUGGGGUGCUCUGACACCAUCUAGGGCAACCCACUCAUUUCACAGAUAGGACAAUGGAGGCCCAGAGGUCAUCCUUCACCCACCCUGGCCCCAAGCACUAGCUCUCCCCUUCCCACUUGGGCCCCUACAUGCCUCUAGUCUCUCUCUCCUCACCUCCCUCAAAUGCUCAGAUGUUGUCUAGUUAUUUAUAAAACUGUAUAUCUCUCCCCUCACCUAUCUCCCUACCCUCCUAUCAUCCCACUUUGGUCCAGGUGCCAAGAAUUUACCUCCUACUCCCAAUCUUUUUUGUCUGUAAGUUACAAAGACAGAAAGUCUUUGUGGAGCCCUUUCCUGCUGGGUGGAUGCUGUGGUCCAAGACUGGGGCCCAGACACAGGUUUGAGGGUGAGGGUUGCUAAGAGUUUACCACCUCUCUGAAUAGUGUGUGUGUGUGUUUAUUGAUUUUAUAAAUAAGGAAAAUGACAA